AUUGUUGUUUUUACAGCAUUUAAUUAAUUGUCAGACUUUAUAGGCACCAAAAAAGAAAGAAAAAGUCCAUCCGUGGGGUUGGCGGGGGAUUUGUUCGAAGUCUUUUUCUUCUUUGUCGGUUAUUCUCUAAUUGCUUGCUGGGUUUCUCUUCUUUGAUCUCUGCCUUCUUUCUGGUACGUGACUUGUUCCUUUCUUUUUCACUUUUCUUUCGUCUUUUUUUCUGAAUUCUUCCAGGUGUUGGUUGAGGUUGCACUUUUGAUUUGGACAAUUAGCUUGAUUUUAAUCUUCUUCAGGUAUGUAUGUUCUUUUGUGUUGAGCUGCAAUUUUCAUUCAUUUUGUCUUACUCUGUUUGUACUGUUUGUUUCUGUUGGGAAAGAAUAGGCACUAACAAAGUGCAGGUAGCAGCGUAAAAAUAUCCAGUCUAAAACUUUCCCUUCAAAUUUGAACCAUGACAAGGCAAAAAAAAUCAAGUGCAAUAACUAUAGACAACAAAUAUACCAACCAAAAUAGAUAAGCAGGAUAAAAAAAUAAACCACACGAGCCACCAAGAUUUACGCGGAAAACCCUUCUGUGAAAGAGUGUGUAAAAAACCUCGGGACCAAAACCUGCAUUAUAAUCACCAAGAGUUACAAUAAUGUUCUCCAAAAUGACCACCAAAGAAGUGCCAAACAACGAGCAACAAUAUAUAAAGCACAACACCAAAAAACUAGAGAACAAAAGGAACAAAAGCUCCUGGAGCCAAGGGGUACCAAAUCCAACCCUGUUAGUUCCUAAUCAAAGAUUGACAUGGGAGGAACAAGUUGUCCAAAAAUCAGCUCAACAAGAAACGAAACGGGAAUUGCAAUUUGAAGUUGGCUACUGAGGGCUGAAAUUUAGUCAAGUAAUCGAUUGAAGAAUAUCAUAUAGUACAUCAUGGAAGCAGGGACGAUCUCUCGAUUUGUUCAACCAACGAAGGCUACCAGUUCCAGUGUUGCCAAUUUCAGUUCUAACUCUUCUAUGUGCUGCCCGCAGACAAGGUUAAUGCCUACUUGCCAUUCCGCACAUGUUGUGCGAGAAACAUAUUAUGAUGAGCGAGAGACUGCAGUUUUAUCUUCUGAACCCAUUAUUAAAAAAAUCUGUGUACUUGGGGGAUUGUUUUUACAUCGUCCAGUACACAAGAGAGGUAUAGUCAGCAGAGCGUUUUGCCCUGUUGGAUUGUAUACAUAUCCAGGGAGCACCAUUGAAUCUUCUUCACAGACAGCUGAAGAAAAGAUCGGAGUGCUACUUUUUAAUCUAGGAGGACCAGACACGCUUCAUGAUGUCCAGCCUUUUCUGUUCAACUUAUUUGCUGACCCUGAUAUUAUACGUCUGCCCAGAUUGUUCCGAUUUCUCCAGCGCCCAUUGGCACAACUUAUAUCUGUUCUCCGAGCUCCGAAAAGUAAGGAAGGAUAUGCUGCCAUUGGAGGUGGUUCCCCUUUACGGAAAAUAACAGAUGAGCAGGCUAGUGCACUAAAAAUGGCACUAGAAACAAAGGAAGUUCCGGCAAAUGUCUAUGUUGCGAUGCGGUACUGGCACCCUUUCACCGAGGAAGCUGCUCACCAGAUAAAAAGAGAUGGGAUUACAAAGCUUGUUGUACUACCUCUAUAUCCUCAAUACUCUAUCUCUACAACUGGUUCGAGUGUCCGUGCCCUUCAGAAUAUUUUCAAGGACGACUCUUAUCUGUCCAGACUGCCAGUUGCUAUCAUUGAAUCCUGGUACCAACGACAAGGUUACAUCAAGUCCAUGGCAAACUUGAUUGAGGAGGAGUUACAUAAUUUCACGAAGCCUGAGGAGGUCAUGGUUUUCUUUAGUGCCCAUGGAGUGCCUGUUAGUUAUGUUGAAGAUGCUGGUGAUCCAUAUAGAGAUCAGAUGGAGGAGUGCAUUUUCUUGAUAAUGAAAGAGCUGAAAGCUAGAGGAAUCAACAAUGAUUAUACCUUGGCUUACCAGAGCCGAGUUGGUCCUGUACAAUGGCUGAAACCAUACACUGAUGAAGUUCUUGUUGAACUUGGACAAAAAGGUGUAAAGUCUCUGUUGGCUGUUCCUGUAAGCUUUGUGAGCGAGCAUAUAGAGACUCUUGAAGAGAUUGAUAUGGAAUACAAAGAAUUAGCACUCGAAUCGGGAAUUGAAGAUUGGGGCCGCGUUCCUGCUCUGAAUUGCACCUCCUCUUUCAUUUCUGAUCUGGCAGAUGCAGUAAUUGAAGCACUGCCAUCGACAAUGGCAAUGUCAACGUUAACGUCCACUGGUACAGAGGAAGGCGUGGACAAUGAUCCGAUGCAAUAUUUUAUAAAAAUGCUUUUUGGAUCACUAUUAGCAUUUGUUUUUCUGGUUUCACCAAAGAUCGUAUCGGCUUUUAAGAAGAACAUCCUUUAGGGAGGACAAAAGAUCCUUUUCAGAAAUAGUACAGAGAUCAAGAAGCAAUAGUUGUGGUGCCACCUGAAAGUUUCUUAAUUUUGUAAACAGUUUGCAGGUUCUGUUCUUACUAAUAAAUUAUACUAGGUGUCACUUUUGUUGGAGACACUGGAUUUGACCGUUUCCAAGUGCUCCGUUUUUGGGGCAGAACUUGUGCAUAGAACAAGAACAAAUUAGAGAUGCAACAAUCUUUGUGGCA